AUGAAUGUGAGGCCGAGUCUCCCGCAUCAAGGCGCUCACUUGCCAACUUCUCCUCCUAUUCCUAAAGAUAUCCUCCGCGCUAUCGAGUACAUCAAAUCUAAGCCCCAAGAGCCCGAGCCUUCUUAUCAGCAGCAGGUUCAUCCUAGAUAUCAGCAACAGCAGUUCCAGAAAAAACCUUUUGGACAGCCCUUUCGCGGUUAA